CCCCCCCCUCCUCCUCCUCCUCCCCUCCCGCCGCCUCCCCGCGCCGAAACCCUAAAAAUCCUCCUCCUCCUCCUCUUCUUCCCCCAAGAAUCCUCCACACCAUGCGGCCACCGAGGGGCGGCGGCGGCGGGCGCUUCGGAGGCGGAGGCGGCGGGCGGUUCGGCGGCGGUGGCGGCAGGGGUGGCCGCUUCGGUGGCGGCGGCAGGGGGGGCCGCGGCGGCGGCGGCGGGUUCCGCGACGAGGGCCCCCCGGCCGAGGUCGUCGAGGUGUCGACGUUCAUGCACGCGUGCGAGGGGGACGCGGUGACGAAGCUGACGAACGAGAAGGUGCCCUACUUCAACGCGCCCAUCUACCUCCAGAACAAGACCCAGAUCGGCAAGGUCGACGAGAUCUUCGGCCCCAUCAACGAAUCCCUUUUCUCCAUUAAGAUGCUGGAGGGGAUCAUUGCAACUUCAUACAGUGAAGGCGAUAAGUUCUACAUCGACCCCAUGAAGCUUUUGCCUCUCUCACGCUUCUUGCCACAGCCAAAGGGCCAAAGUCAAGGAGGGGGCAGAGGUGGUGGCCGUGGUGGUGGAAGAGGCGGUUUCCGUGGCCGUGGUGGUGGUGGCUUCCGUGGAAGAGGUGCGCCAAGGGGCCGUGGUGGACCUCCUAGGGGUGGAGGUCGUGGUUUCAGGGGGCGGGGCAGAUUCUAGUUUCUUAGCUUAAGACCUGGUGUUUGUUGAAACAUCAUAUCCUACAUGCCCUCUGCUCAAUUGAAAACAUUCAUGUUCUUGUAGCCUGAUGUUAAGUUAGCAGAGCGUUUCCAGCUCUUCAUGUGUGGAAGUUGAAUCUCUAUGGAACAAAGUUUUCAUUUCUCUUCAGUACAAGUUAUGCAUUUAUAGUUAAUCUUUAAAUUUACCGAAUGCUGAUUCUGACUCUUAAUGGAUGUUAUCCUAUGAAUCUUUACUCACAAA